AUGCUCACCGAAUCCACCUGUGCUCACCGAAUCCCCUUGUGCUCACCAAAUACCCCAGUGCUCACCGACUCCCCCUGUGCUCACGAAAUUCCCCAGUGCUCACCGAAUCCCCCUGUGCUCACCGAAUCCCCCAGUGCUCAGCGGAUUCACCUGUUCUCACCGAAACCCCCUGCGCUCACCGAAUCCCCUUGUGCUCACCGAAUCCCCCUGUUCUCAUCGAAUCCCCCAGCGCUCACCGAAUCCCUCAGUUCUCACCGAAUCCCCCUGUCCUCACCGAAUACCCCCGUGCUCACUGAAUCUCCUAGUGCUCACCGAAUGCCCCUGUGCUCACCGACUCCCACAAUGCUCACCGAAUCCCCCGUUCUCACCGAUUCCCCCCAGUGCUCAUCGAAUCCCCCUGUGCUCACCUGCUCACCGACUCCCCCUGUGCUCAGCGAAUCUCCCAAUGAUCACCGAAUCCCACCGUGCUCACCGAAUCCCCCAGUACGCAUCGAAUUCCCUGUUCUCACCGAAUCCCCCAGUGCUCACCGAAUCCCCCUGUGCUCACUUACUCCCCCUUUUCUCACCAAAGCCCCAUGUGCUCACCGAAUCCACCUGUUCUCACCGAAUCCUCCUGUUCUCACCGAAUCCCCCUGUUCUCACCGAAUCCCACUGUGCUCACUUACUCCCCCUUUUCUCACCAAAGCCCCAUGUGCUCACCGAAUCCACCUGUUCUCACCGAAUCCCCCUGUUCUCACCGAAUCCUCCUGUUCUCACCAAGUGCCCCAGCGCUCACUGAAUCCCCCUGUUCUCAACGAAUCCCCCGGGGCUCACCGAAUCCCUCAUUUCUCACCGAAUCCCCCUGUGCUCACCGAAUCCCCCAGUGCUCACCGAAUCCCCCAAUGCUCACCGAAUCACCCUGUUCUCACCAGAUCCCCCUGUGCUCACCGAAUCCCCCAAUGCUCACCGAAUCACCGUGUUCUCACCGAAUCCCCCGUGCUCAGCGAAAUCCCCUGUGCUCACCAAAUCCCCUUUUGCUCAACAAUUCCCCCAGUGCUCAUCGAAUUCGCCUGUGCUCACCAAAUCCCCCAGUGCUCACCGACUCCCCCUGUGCUCACCGAAUCCCCCAAUGCUCACCGAAUCACCCUGUUCUCACCGAACCCCCCAGUGGUCACCGCAAUCCCCUGUGCUCACCAAAUCCCCUUGUGCUCACCAAAUCCCCCAGUGCUCACCAAAUCCGCCUGUGCUCACCGGAUCCCCCAGUGCUCACCGACUCCCCCUGUGCUCACGAAAUUCCCCAGUGCUCACCGAAUCCCCCUGUGCUCACCGAAUCCCCCUGUGCUCACCAUAUUCCGCAGUGCUCACCGAAUCCCGCAGUACUCACCGAAUCCCCGAGUGCUCACCGAAUCCCCGAGUGCUCACCGUAUUCCCAAGUGCUCUCCGAAUCCCCCUGUUCUCACCGAAUACCCCUGUGCUCACCGAAUAACCCAGUACUCACCGAAUCUCCCAUGCUCGCCAAAACCCUCUGUGCUCACCAAAUACCCCAGUGCUCACCGAAUCCCCCAGUGCUCACCGAAUCUCCUAGUGCUCACGAAUGCCGUUGUGCUCACCGACUCCCCCAAUGCUCACCGAAUCCCCCUGUGCUCACCGAAUCCCCCUGUGCUCACUGAAACCCCUGUGCUCACCAUAUUCCGCAGUGCUCACCGAAUCCCCCAGUACUCACUGAAUCCCCCAGUGCUCACCGUAUUCCCAAGUGCUCACCGAAUCCCCCAGUGGUCUCGGAAUCCCCCAGUGCUCACCGAAUCCCCCUGUUCUCACCGAAUUCCCCUGUUAUCACCGAAUCCCCCAGUGCUCACCAAAUCCCCCUGUUCUCACCGAAUCUCCCUGUGCUCACCGAAUACCCCAGUACUCACCGAAUCUCCCAGUGCUCUCCGAAUGCCCCAGUGCUCACUGAAUCCCCCAGUGCUCACCGAAUCCCCCAGUGCUCACAGAAUCCCCCAGUGCUCACCGAAUCCCCAGUGCUCACUGAAACCCUCAGUGCUCACCGAAUCCCCCGUUCUCACCAAACUCCCCUGUUCUCACCGAAUUUCCCAGGUGCUCACUGAAUCCCCCAGUGCUCACCGAAUCCCCCAGUGCUCACAGAAUCCCCCAGUGCUCACCGAAUAA